CUUGCUAAAUUGGUAAUCUCGUAUAAACUCGUUUGACAUCCUUGGCUCCUUGCUUCAAAGUCCCAAGCCCUAGUUUCGCGGUGAACCAGCAAAAACUAACGCACUCUCUCUUGCUCGCUCUUCCCACCUCACCGUCGUUUGGCUCGGAAGCUUGGACCGUGCAAUUUCACUAGCUCUGGCACUGCAAUCUGUAAACAGCUCUCUCUCUCGAUUCUCAACAUCAACUUACUGCAUUCUUGCGCGCCCUUGCCACUCUGUGUUGUUCCUGAUUUUCAUUUCCGGGAAGACCCAAGAGAAUCCCCUGGAAGAAACUUGAAUCAUGGCAUGCUCAAGCGCACCAUUCGAUUCUUCACGAUCUCAUCGGAUAGUGUAAUUGAGAUUUGAGACGCGAGAAACAAGUUUAGCUUUUAGAGCUAUACCGGUUUUUUAUGCCCUUUCAGUUCUUAGUCGAAGUAACUCACCCUCCUCAACCAAAGUACCCUGCACCUGCACGAUGAAGCGGGUGUGCAACUCCAGCCCUGAUAGAAUCACUGACCUUCCUGCCCACGUGAUACAGUGCAUUCUAGUGUUCUUACCCAUUAAAGAUGCCACCAAAACUAGUGUCUUGUCAAGGAAAUGGAGGCAUCAAUGGAGAAGUAUUCCUCAACUUGUGUUUGAUGAUGGUUUUGUUGAAAUCCGUGAAGAGACUGAAUCUGAACGGAGUUUGAUGAAUAAGCAACAAGUUCUUUUGAACAUUUACAAAUCUCUGCUUCUUCGGGAUGGGCCAAUAACCAAGUUUGUGCUUUCAAUACCUAGAUUAAACCCCUGCCAUGAGAUUGACCUAAUCGUUCUUUACCUUUCUAGCAAAGGUGUUCGACACUUAACUCUAGUGUUUUCCCGUAACUCAGACGAGUAUCAGAUGCAUUCUUCCUUGUUUUCUGCACUUCACUUGAAAUCCCUGAAACUUAGGUCUUGUGAAGUUACACCACCAUCUUGGUUUGUUGGCUUUAGUAAGCUUACCCAUCUUGACUUGAAUCGUGUUACAUUGCCGUGUGAUUUCUUCAAGGAUUUCCUUCCAAAGUGCCCCCUGCUUGAAUCUUUAAGCGUAGUAGAUUGUGAUGGUCUUGAAGGUAACCUUGAUAUUGUGGCUCCGUUUCUCAAAUCCUUCACCUUGGUGGUGGAUUUCUUGGAUAUCUGCUUUAGCUUCAAAUCUACUCCACUCCUGUCAUACGUCGUACUUGAUUGGAAUGAUGAUUGUACUGAUGGUGGCGUACCUGAUAUGGUGUCCUUAUUUGCAUCUCUGCCUGCACUCCAGCAGUUCCAUGUUAACUAUGAAAUCCUGAAAAACUUUGCUGGAGGUGGUAGGAACGUGCCCGCCAGGCUUCCUACUCUUCACUUGUUAGAAGUCUUUGACAUGAAGCAUGUUAUCUUUGAUGUUUCUGGGAUGGAGCGUGUUUUUGUUUGUUUAAUCAUGAGUUCCCCCAACUUGUGUUCGCUCACAAUUCAGGUGAGCACUCUCCAACAACACGAUCAGCUGGCAGGCAAUGAAGUUAGCAGCUUAUGGAGGUCGUUGGAAGCAGAGGACUGCCCUGGAUCUUCUCAUUGCCUUCAGCAGCUCAGGGAGUGCAGAAUUGUGGAUAACUGUGCUACACUGGCUGAGCUGGACCUUAUGAGGUUCAUCCUAGCCACUGCCCCUUUACUUCGGUCGAUUCAUAUUACUCCUUAUCAUAAACUGGGCACCAAGAAGAUUAUGAAAUGCAUGAAGGAGGUGAUGCAAUAUACCCGUAUUUCUAAAGAAGCUAAGGUUGUGUAUGACUGGAAUGAUGAGGAGGAUUGACACCUUCAUGCAGAUAGCAUAGCUAACUAUGAGUUGUGACUUCCAUUAGAUGUGAUAUUCGAACUUGAUAAGAUCAUUAGAAUUUUGGUUUCCUUAUUAUUUGUAGAAAAGCCUACUGGGUUGCUGUAACUCAUUCGUGCUAUGUAUGUAGUAAUAUGCAUUGUGGUUGGUUUUCUGGUAGUAUCUUGCUCGAGUGAAAAUAUUCCCACCAGGAUUCCUUAUCCGCUUUCAAUGGAUCUAUGAACUUUAUAAAUUUGCAAAUCUAGCCCGACUUUGGUUCCUCCACAAAUGCUCUUGCAACUCGAUCUCUGCCUCUAGAAGAUCAGCCUGUUAAUAAUGAAGCCAGCAAACUUAGUUUUUUUUGGAAACAGAGGACUGCUCUAGAAGAUCAGUCGACUCUCAGGUCGCACUCGUACUACCUCAGAAAAGAGAUGUUCCCUCUGAAACAGAAGAAAUACAUCUUGCUUUCUCCACUGACCACUGCUGAGUCCCUUACUUCCCACCAUACUUGAAUACUUCCUUGGGUCUGUUACUACAUAGUACAUACAUUCAUCAAGUAUUGCUCAGAACCUUUUUAACAAACAUAAUUUUGCCUAAACCUAAACCUACCACUACUGCUUCACCGAAACUAAACCACUUUCCUAAACCCAAAACUAUCGCUCCCAUUAUCCAUCUCCCAGUUCCCAAAUGCAAGAACCCCACGCAGGACAAGAUCAGGGAGCGACUCUGCGAGGCCCUAUGCAAGGUUGCCCGGUGAAGUAUCCCCCAGAGCUCUUCAGGAAUCGUUGACAUGUGAAGCUAUGGAAGUGUUUCUGGCAUCAAUUGCAGCUGAGGAAUAUGGCUCAAUGGCAUCUGCACUUAUUGAAAUGGGUGCUACAAAGAAAGAUGUUGACACCAAGGCCUUUGCAAGAGGCUUGGAAAAGAUGUUUUCUUCUAUACAGGCAAGCAUUGCUCCAUUUUUCAGCUGAGUAUUAUCGCCUAGAGUUCAUGAAUUUAGUGGCAACAGCUAGGGAUCCUAGUACAAACGCAACCGCUGUUGCUGCCAAUGUAGUCCUUGUUUUCUUGAUGUGGUAUGUAGAAUGGAGAUUGAAGAUGUGGAACUUGAAACUGCCCUUACGAUAUUAACUGGA